GUCAAUGCCUGAUCACAUAACUGACCAACUAGCCAACUAGCGAAGAGCCAACCUAUGUACCGAGGUAGGUUGAGGGAGAAUGAUAGAUACGCGUGAAUAAUAGUAUGAUAAAUCAUGCUGACCUGAGGACCCAGAAGCAAUAGUGCUGCUAUUUUGACAGUGGCUUAGCGAGAGAAAACGUGGGCAUCUAACUAUGUAGUUAAUAACAGUGCGGCUGCACUUGUCCCAACCUUUAGCAACUAUAGUCUAUUUACUUCAUUAUGUAGGGUCAUUGGAACCGGCAAAUAUCAAUUACUUGGUUACAUGAGACUCCUGGCGCGAGACAAGCUUUGAAUAACAACUGAAUAUUUUGACUUGGGCGUAACUGGAUAAUCAAAAUCCUUUCCUGUUUGCCAAAAAAUUGAGUGUUUUAGCAAAGAAAAAAUGAUGCAGCUCCAGGAAACUUCCUGGAAAUCAAGUAACUAAUUAUAGGAAGUGCAAGCUAAGUCUUUCGCUUAUUGCAUUCUGAGGUUUCUGGUAGCUUUGUCGGAUGUCCCGUAACUAUAACCGACUUUGGGUUAGGGUUAUUCCCGCUCUGCCGCUUUUUAUAACCUGCCUUGACUGGGCCGAAUACUUAGCUCCCCUAUUUAUAUACCGUAUUGCUCCAAGCGUCGUUUUUCCUACUUAACCCGUAUCAAAUGAGUAUUCAAGUUCAAGUAUAAACGUCUAACCUCACACUAUAUAUAAACUGAACCUUGCAUGCAUUGGAAGAUAACGACACAGAAAUGUACCAAAAGCCGUGGUUCAUUAAUUCUGGAAACAUUCUAAAAGCAUAAUAUUAACGUGCUGAUAAAUAACUUAUGUGUUAUACAUCUGGCAAACAUGUCUUUGCCCAAUUGAUAGGUAUCGCGAGCUCAGACAUAUACCAGGUCGUCGUACCAAAGUGACAUACAAAGACAUAAGAACACACUCAUCUAAGUAAGUCAAGUAUCAUAAUAAAGAAAAAAAGUAGCUUUCCAUUUCAUCUUCACGUUCCAAUAGCGCAGUUAACGGUUCUCGUUUCCUAGUUCUUGAGGGACUUGACUGACGUGAGAAGGCUUUGAGUCUGGUGGCAUUUCAUAUGGAUGUGCGGUCACAGGUUGUGUUUGCUGUUGAUACAUAGGCUGCUGUACCGCUAUAGGUUGUGACGCAUAGGUUUUAAUUAGACGGAGGCGCUUUCGUCGUUCAUAAAGGGCCCAGCCUAUGGCACCUAUAGCUAUGACGCCAAGAGGGACACCAACACCAGCACCAAUAGCCACAUAUGUCUUCGAUGCGUUUUCGAGUUCAACUGGAGCACUCAUAGCGGAAGCAUGUAUGAUAUCAUUGCCAGGAGAGGUUGGAUCGAGUCUGGGUACGGUGCAAGAGGCUCUGGCAAGGAGAGCGCUAUCUGUGAUAACAUCGCCCCGAUUGAUGGUAAAGGGCUCCGUGUCCCCAGCACAUGUUGUGGUGCUCGAUGAAUUGGCGACGAUCGAGUUCGCGCAGUAUAGUGGCGUAUGGUUAACAAAGCUGUGGAGAGGGAUUGAGCAGCCCGUUUUUCUUGUACUGGCUACUACUCAAGAAGAUGUUAGCAACCGUCUACUUUCAAACAGGGAGACAAGUAUUAAGCUGGCAGAUGUAGGGGUGUACUUUUUGAGCAAGGGUCAGGACACCCAGACGAUGAGCUCCAGUUCUUGUCGGUACACGUUCCACGCGCCAGGGUAUAUGGUUGGGUUGUUACAAGACAGUAACCGUUGGUCAUGCAGAUUGAGGACUUCGAGCAGCAAUGUGUGUCGCGUAUCCCUGAGAAACAUGGCACAUCGUCUACAGCAAGGGAGCCGUCUGGGAAAUAGCAAUCUCUUGCAGCGUACACCGGUGCAGCCAAUAGCAAAUAGAGGAGUUUCCUUGACAAUAACAUCUUGAUGGACGGGGGAGGGACGGGAGCAGCCUCAGUUGCGAUCGAAAAAGGCCAUAAAACGCGAAGGAUGGGGGAAAUCAAGAUAAAUAAUAUGUGCCAGCUCC